GAUGUUGAUCGAAUCUACAAUUCUACUUUGGAUUCAAACACGCGUGGCAAAAAUAAAACUACUCCAAGGAAAUGCAAAGGGUUUAAAACCUGUAUAAGGAGUCCAUACACAUCUCAAUGUUCGACCGAUAUAAAAGACUGCGAGAACAAACGGAUACCGAAAUUGCACGAAGCCAGAACAAAACUAAAGAAAUCACUGUGCAAAUUUCGAGUUGUAAUAGCAGCAGCGGUUAGUCAGCAUCAAUUUUUGUUUACAUUUUAAGAAUAUCAUAAUUUGUGAAAGAAAAUUUUGUCUCGUUUGUGAGUAAGAAGGUCGUUUUUUGAUUUUCCGUAUAUUUUUUUCUAAUAGUUAUAAAAAAACCGGGAGAAAAUGUAGGAAAUACGGCUAAGUGUAUGGAGCAAAAUGUCUCCGUAGUUUCUGUAGCAGUCGGAUGGCUAUUUCUAUUAUACUAGGCCUUUGGACUGGAUCGUUAUAAAGGGCUGAUAUAAAGGUCUCUAGGUUAUAUUUUACUGGUCUAAGAGACUUAAGACUUGCGUUCGUCAUUUAAUACAAUUAAACACAAUUUAGCAACAGAAAUUAUUCCAAGUACAAAUAAUAAAUAUUAGAAUAAUAAUAUAAAUACACUUGACCUCUAGGGUGCUGGUGGUUAUGGCAAUACCAAGUAAAGCAGGGUAUACGAUUGGUGUGUGGCGUUUGAAAUAAAUAGUUAAAUUAUAAUCACAAUAUUAGAGUUACAUUUUUAUUUCGACGAUAUUAUCAAGACCAGCAGGUGGUUGCUGGGACUCGAUUUGUGAUUCCGACUCGAUUAACAAUCCCGGCACUAUAAUGGUUCCGACUCGACUAAUUUAUUAUACAUAAAUAGGUAGAUACGCUCGUAUUCCACGCUUCAGUGUUUUGCCUAACUACAGUACGAGAGGCGCAGCAACGAGUCAGUGAAACUAUACCGUUAUGCAACGGCAUUUGGGUUUUUGUUGUUAUUUGGUUGAUGAUUAUUGCAAAGAGGCCUGUAGUUUUUACAAAAUACUUAUAUUGACCUUUUGUAGAUGUGGUCAAAUGUUCAAUACAUUUUAGCUAUUUUCAGGUCAUUUAAACUUAUGCUAUUUAUUAUUAUUCUAAUAAUUAUAAUUAUAAUUAGUUUAAUAUAUUAUAUUACUUUUGUUAUUAAAUUGCUGGCAGAAAAGUUGUACACAGAAAAAAAAGGACAUAAUAUUUUUUUAUUAAUACCUACAUUUCGUAAAUUUUCCGUUUUUCCGUUUUCCAUUUUAUCCCGGUUUUUCCCAGAUAUUAUGAAAACUGCUUGGAAAAUCAAUAAACGACUUCUCUAAAUUAUCAUGGAGAUAAAAUUUCCUUUCAGAAAAUAAGCUACACGUGAUACAUCGGAGUAAGAUUUCUGGUGGAGAAGUUUGCACAACAAAUCGAGUGGCAUUUUGCGAUUAAAAUAGUCCGAGGGAACGAUGGCUUGAAUCUCUAGGUAGAUUCAAAAUGCAUUUGUUUUUCCUUGUUUAAGUAAAAGGAAAAAAAAAUACAAAUUAUUUUUUUUCGUCACGGUGGUUUGAACUCAGAACUUCUAGGAUGACAUAAAUAAUUAUUAGAUCACAAUAAAUAUGCUUUAAGAGGACAAUAUAGAGUUAUUUAACAUAAAUAUAAUAUCAAUAUAAUAUUAGAACUUCAAAAAGCUAUAAUUUCAAAACUUAGUCAGUCCACUUAAUUUUGAUUUCACCAACGUUCUUAAUUAGGCAAUAUAAAUAUGUUCAAAAGUAAAAAAAUUAAAAAAAUAGAUUCGUUCCGCAUAAUUUGUUCGUCAAAAUUUGAUAUUGAAAUUUCAUCAUAAAAAAAAAUACUACAUUAAACUCAAUUUUUUUUUAUACCACAUAUUACUAUUUUUAAUGAACCUUCUGUUAAAUUGUCAAGCAUUUUUGUUUAGUCACAGAGUAUUUACCGAUUAAAAAUUACAUAAAAAACUAGUAAAAUUAAAAUGUCUAUAAAUAACUCAAAAAUGGCUAAACAAAUUUGAAAAUUUUACCACUCCUAGAAAAGAAAAAUUUAAAUUUUGUAUCUAAAUGCCAAGUCCUUUAAGUCCAUACGAAUAUUUUAAACUAAAUUACAACAUAUAAUAAAAAACAUUAUUUUCGUAAAUUUCCCGUUUUUCCUACGGUUUUUUCACAGCUAUUUUGAAAACCAUUUGGAAAAUCAAAAAAUGACUUCCUUAAAGUUUCAUCUAGAUAAUAUUACCUUUCAGAAAUGGUGCCACACGUACAUAUCGGAUCAAGACUUCUGGUAAACAUUUUUGUUACUGCAGUAUAAAAAAAAUAGGAUAGUUGGGACAGGUGCACCGGUACAGCCACUGUUGAAAUUAGGAAGUUGGGAAGUUAGAAUAUAGAAGGGAAUUUCAUAUAUAUUUGUAAGCAAUGAUACACAAUUGCUAUCGAAAAACGAUUCUGAGCAGACUUCAAUUGAUAGUGAUGCUUUGUCAACAAUAUGUAUGUCAUAUUAUGAUAAAUAAUUAAAUAAGUAUUAUAUAUUUUCUUUAAUAAUAUUUGUUUAAUAUUAGUCCAAUUUUUCCGUUUUCCUACUUUUUCCCGGUUUUCCUAUGUUUUUUCCCCAUUUUUCAGAUUUGCUAAGAAAACUCUUGGUAAAAUCGUAAAAUUACUUACCUUCCCAGUCAGAUUUCCUUUCAGAAAAAGUGCUACCAUUGUAAAUCGGGAGAAAAUUGCUGGUAGAAAAGUUGUUCACAGGAAAAAAGAAGGCUGUAAUAUUUCUUAACUAAUACAUUUUGUACAUUUUCCCGUUUUCCCUCAGUUUUUUUUCGAUUUUUCACAUUUAGUGAGAAAACUGUUGGGAAAAUUAAAAAAUUAGUUCUCUAAAGUACCAUUCCAAGAAAAUUUCCUUUCAGGAAAAGGUCUACAUCAUAUGCAUCGGAGCAAUAUUUCUAGUAGAAUUUUUGUACGCAGUAUAAAAAAAAAAAAUUUAAUUUAAAAAAUAAACAUCUUUGUAAAACCAAUACAUCCUUCGCUACACAUAAAAUCUAAAAAUUAUACAAUACAAGUAUAAGUGUAUAUAAUACCCAACAAAAACACUUCGUCAACUACGUGUAAAAACAUCCCUAAGAAAAAAAAAAUAUUCAAGUUACAAAAUUAUGAUAUCAAAAAUUGGCUAAGUAAUUUAUUAAAUUCAUAAGAAGAUUCAAUAAGAAAUUGGUUAUACUUAUUUGUAUUUGAUGAAGUGCAAUAAUUUAAUACAAAUAAUUUAACUUAGCUUGACAGCUACUAAUAUUUAUGACUACAAAUAUAGAUACAACGCUUACAUGAAUAUUUACAGCCCCGUUUUAUAAUUUAUUAAUAUUACCAUAACAUUAUUUAAGUAUAUACUAUGAGUAGCCAAGUUAAAUUAUUUGUAUUAAAUUAUCGUAUUUCAGAAAAUACAAACAAUCAUAAAAAAUUUCUGUAGCAAUGAAGUUAAGAAAUUACUUCACUCCUUUUUGAUUUCACAACUUUUCAAACUUGAGUUUUUUUUCUUAACUAUAUUUUUACACUUGAUUGACUGAUUGCUUUUGAUGGGGUAUCGCUCAUUUUUUUUUAUAAAAAUGUUGGAAAUAAUUACUCUAUGUUUUUUUAUCGAGUGAAAAAUUAUGGGCUUAAAUUUUUUUUUUUACUUAGCUCUGAGCCGGGACCGCGGCGCUGGAUAUCUAUAUACAUAUGCAUACUAAUUGUUAAUAAUACCACUUAUAUUUAUCUGGUACUUUGUACUAGAUAAAUAUAACAAAAAUAAAUAUAUAGAUUCAAAUUUUUAUGUUAGAACCAUUCCAGUUAAGCUCUUGAGCGAAUUCAAAAAUCAAAAAAAUUGAUCAAGGGCUAAACCAGAAUUAAUUUUAAAUUAAACCAUUAAAAAGUCUCUUUCCAAAAAAAAAGAUUGAAAUUUACCGGUCAGAAUAAUGAUUAUUUUUCAUGUAGAAUUGUUUUUAAGUACUCAUCAGAUUUUUUUAAUGAAAUAUUAUUAUAAAAUAAACGCUUUUUACCGUGUAAUUGGUUAUGCAACUAGGAUUAAUUUUCAGUAGAGGUUAUGAAUUUCCGGAAAGGUUAUUAGUAUAGUAAAUGAAAGGAAAUGUAUAUUUCAGAUUUUAGGGGAACCUCCCCUGGUUUUGGCAUUGCGUAUGGGUAUAUUUGAAAAUAAAUACAUUUUUUUUGCCAUUUUACCUGUAGUUGAGAAACUUGCUGAUUGACACUCAUAAACCGUGUUCAAAGAACAUACAAGCAAUUAAUUGUUGCGCAGAUAUGCUGCAAAUUGUAGACUGUUCCAUGUUAAAAACAGCAAAUCCCUGCGUGACCAUCGACGAAUUGGUCGAAAUGAAUAAACACCGUUUGCUCCUCCAGAAGAAUUUCGACGAGAGGAUUCGCGUACAUUGUAAACCGGAAAAGAGUGAAAAUUGCAUUUUGAAAUAUCUUGCUUGCUUUUGUUGCUUUGGAAAUUCCAAUUUCCAAAGAAGAUGA